ACGUCAUUGGAACUCUUAUGUUCGUCCAUUGUAUCUUUUCAGCCGAACAGAACAUACAUAGUACCAUCUUGCAUCUCUUCACGUUUCCGCGUUAAACCAUGUCGUCCAAGCCUCAAGUUGUUCUGGUCGUCGGCGGAACCUCCGGAAUCGGGUAUGCAAUAACGCAAACCAUACUUUCGGGCCCAUAUCUCCCGCUCAACACCAAAGUAAUAGCAUUUGGCCUCAUCGACUCGAGUAUAAAACUCGAGUUUACCAAGCAGCAAAGGGAGCGACUGCGCAUUGUCGAGGGCGAUGUGACUGUGGCUGAAGACCGUGAGUUGGCGGUGCGAACAUGCUUCAAUGUGUUUGGUGGCCUGGACACAUUAGUCUACUGCGCGGGCAUUAUUACGCCCAUCCAAAGACUGGAAAAGUUGGAUAUUGAGGCUACAAAGCAGAGUUUUGACGUUAAUGUUUUUGGGGCUAUGAGUAUGGUUCAGCUUGUCCUCCCACAUCUCCGUGCUUCCAAGGCAUCCCAUCCACAUAACUAUGGCCGGGGAAAAGUCAUUGUCCUUUCUUCAGCCUGCGAUAGUACAGUAUCGUAUCACGGCUGGAUGCCUUAUAGCACGACUAAAGCUGCACUCACACGCUUUAUUUCGUGUCUUGCACACGAAGAGCCUCUGCUCAGCGUCCAGGGUGUGUAUCCAAAGUUGACGCGGACGAAGAUGAUUGAUGGGCUGGUCGAAGGCAAGUACAGGGGAGUAAUGGCGGAUCAUGAGAUUGAGAGAUUUAGGAUUUGGGAUGAUAUGGGCGAUGAGAUGGUGGAGCCACCCGAGCUGUGUGGAGAUGCUGUUGCGAAGCUUGCGCUUGGGUUAUUUGAGGGUGGGAAGAGCGGAGAGACUUUGUAUUAUGAUGAGCAUGUUCCGAGCAAGAUUGCGGGAACCUGAUUAAGGUGAAAUUCUGGGGAAUUUUCUCUUCUUUUUCGAAGUAAAUUCAUGUGCCCACUU